AUGUCUCCACCAACCUCAACCUCACCUUCAACACCCCCCGACGACAACCCACACCCCACCAGCGACGACACCGACAACGACAACACCGGCAAGCAACAAUGCCCCAUCUGUCUCGACCACAAACUCCCCAACCAAUUCACCAAAUUCACCACCUGCCCGACCAAACCCUGCAACACAACCUGCAAAUUCUGCUGGACCAAACACGUCUGUGCGCACUCACAGAGGGGGACGGAGGAUGAGAGGGUUGGGCAGGAGAAGAAGGGGAAUCGCCGAGGAGAGGAGGAGGAUGGCAGUCCACGUUCCAGCACAAAACGCAAAGCCAGCAGCGUCCGCGAGGGCGACGCGUCUCCGUCUUCUGCCAAGAAGCGUAAGGCCACCAUCUCCAAGGCGAAAGUCGUCGACAGCGAAGCCGAGGACGAGGACCAAGUUGAUCCGCAGCAAAAGGUCGGAGAUGUAGCUGAUCCCAAGCAAAGCGCUCCUGCACAGAGUGGUGCAACUUCAAUUCCCAAGCCAAGCAAACUGCCUCGCAAGCGCGGCAAGAAAGCAGCAGGCGAAGCGACAGGUCCCCAGCCAAUGUCCCCGGAGACCAAGGCAAAGAGGGAGAAGCAAGCCAUUCGCCGCGAGAAACGUAAGGGCCUCGAGCAGAAGAAGCGGCAGGUGGAGAACCCAAGCGCAGAGAUGCUAGCGGCAUGGGAAGCGCAGUUCGGCUCGGCGGCGACCUAG